GUGCUGUCGCGGAUCCACACCCAGAAGCUCCGGACCACCCUCGACCGCCUGUCGCGCGAGAUCUACGGGUCCACGCGCUCGAUGCACUCCUUCUUCGUGCAGUUCGACCUCAACGGGGACGGCGUGCUGAAUGCGGAGGAGAGAUGCACGCCGGCCUCACGAAGAUGGCCGGGACCCUGCAGCUGGCCGAGGUCGAGGCCCUCAUGAACGCCUUCGACGCUGACGGCAACGGCGAGAUCGAUUACAAAGAGUUCUGCUCGAUGCUGGCGCGGUACGGCCGCUUGACCAUGCCCUGCGAGCAGGAGAGAGGGCAAAGCCGGUGGAAGAGCUCACCGUGGAGUUCCCAGUAG